GGGAGGAGAGACGUGAGGAGGAGGGGGGGGGUGGAGAGGCUGCCUUUCCUAGGGCCUUCGUCAGAGCAAAGUGGUCAGGAAGAGCCACAGCCCUUCCACGCCGGAGAGCAGCCAGGCAGGAGCCGCGGGAUCGCACCCCUGCACGGCAGACAAGAUGAAGCAGCUCUUUCUCCUCUUCCUCCUUGGCCUUGUCACCAGCUCCCUGCAGAUUGAAGACAACAAGAUCCCCGGGCUGUGCUCAGGGCAGCCAGGCAUCCCGGGAACCCCAGGCCUGCAUGGGGGCCAGGGUCUGCCAGGCAGAGAUGGACGAGAUGGACGAGAUGGGGCGAUGGGGAUGCCGGGGGAGAAGGGCGAGAUGGGCCCUCCUGGAGCACCUGGUCCCCGUGGGGAGGUGGGCAGCCCCGGCGUGGAUGGCAUGCCUGGUGAGAAGGGGGCACAGGGUGAGUGUGCGGUGGCCCCUCGCUCAGCCUUCAGCGCCAAGCGCUCCGAGUCACGCAGCCCUCCGCUGGCUGACCAGCCCAUCCGCUUUGAUGUGGUGCUCAUCAAUGAGCAGGGCCACUAUGACCCCACCACGGGCAAGUUCACCUGCGAGGUGCCCGGCCUCUACUACUUUGCCGUUCACGCCACUGUCUACCGUGCCAGCCUGCAGUUUGACAUCAUGAAGAAUGGCCAGUCCAUUGCCUCCUUCUUCCAGUACUAUGGGAACUGGCCCAAGCCCACCUCACUCUCAGGGGGAAGCCUGGUCCGCCUGGAGCCCGAGGAUGAGGUGUGGGUGCAGGUGGGUGUGGGGGACUACAUCGGCUUCUACGCCAGCGUCAAGACGGAUAGCACCUUCACCGGCUUCCUUGUCUACUCCUACUGGCAAAACUCCGCUGUCUUUGCCUGAGCCCGCUCUCAGCUGCGGCUGGAGCUGGGGCAUGUGCCCCUUCCCAGUCACCAGCACCCCAGGGAAUGGUGCUCUGGGGUCCAGCCGUGUGGGAGCCAGGACCCCAGGACAUCCACCCUGCUCUGCUGCUGCCACCCAGCGCAGGGUGGGAAUACAGCCCUUCUGCCACCCCGCAGGUGGUAGGGAGCAUCCCUUCAGCAGCGCUGUAUAAGACAUAAGUAUUAUCUCGUACACCCACCUCUGGGGCGAGGCACCCAUGCCGGGAAGCCGCAAUAACCUGGUUGUAUGUUACUCGCCAUAGCUACCUUGGCAUGCAGCAUACCCCACCGGCAUGGCACCCAGCCCCUGCUGCCAGCUUGUCCCCGCGCACAGAGAAAGCCCGGGCUGCCUGGCCGCUGGCACGGCAAAGGGCCCAUCUGCCCGUCCUGGCAUGCCCCAGGGCCAGCAGUCACCCCGCUCCCUGCCCUGCGGCAGCUCCAGCGCCUCCCUCUCCUCCUUCACCCUCAAUAAAAGGCUUCCCAGCCACG